CGGAUGAGGGCGGAGGUGGAGGGAACGGAACGAUGGUGGGGAUUGAAGGGUUGGUGGAUAUGGCGGUAGAGGUGGUAGGAGUGGAGAAGGUCGGCGGGGGGGUGUUGCUAGAGGCGGCCGUGGAGGAGGGAGUGUUUUGCGUUGUGGAGGUUGGAGUGGUUUGCACUGUGGAGGUUGGAGCGGUUUGCACUGUGGGGGUUGGAGUGGUUUGCGCGGUGGUGACGACCGUGAUGGAGGGGGUGGUCCCUUCGAGCGUGGUGACACGGUCGCAUAAGGACGACACGCUGGCCUUUAUGUCGUUGAGAGAGGCGGUGACGAAGGUUUGGAAGGUGUUGAGUGCGUGGAGGACGGCAGAAAGGUCGGAGGUGGCGGUGUUUGCUGGUGGUUGUUCGCCUGCGAGGUUGCGGGCGAUGCUAUCGACUGAGUCGAUGCGGAUGUCAGACAUGUUGAUGGAGGAUGCGGCCAUGUCGGGGGAAGAGGGGGUGGAGGACGUAGCCUGAGCGGGUGUGGAGGAUGCAGCAGCAUCGGCGAAGGCGGCGCGAUGGGAGUUCUUGGUUUGGCGUGGUGGCAUGUGGAGGGGGGGGGGGAAUCCCUUAUUUAGUUAUUAAUAAAAUCAAAGAUAAAGAUAAUCCCCAAUUUUUUUUUAUUUUUUUUCCAAAAAUAAACGCUGAACAGAAAGAGUUAAUUAAUUUCGAGAAAAUAAAUUCUGAUGUAGAUUUAAAUUUAUUUACAAGAAAACGUGAAAUUACAAAAGAAAAUAUUUUCGAAUUACGGGGGAAAAAUGAAUAAAUUCUGAAAAGAAUU